UUAUCCGGCGUAUUUUGUCAAGAGCCCUGCAGGCAUCUUCCGGGUAAAAUUGUUGCCUGCGACACGAUAACUACAUGUCCGGGUGGGACGCACUGUGAGCCCUUUAACUUAACGGUUGCCGGAGAGUGUGACGGGUUCCCCGCGGGUUGUGUAUGUGUGACACCAGUAAUAGAACCACCCAGGUGCGUGCCAAACAUUGAUCCAAGUGUCUGUGACGUGGAACCACCAAGUCCGCCAGUACGGUGCAACACUGUUCUGAACUGCUCCACGGGGUUCCACUGCGAGCCAGAAAUGUAUCAAGAGGCGGGAAGAUGUAAUUGGAAUCCUGGCUGUGUCUGUCCUUUGACAGGUAUCCCUCCACCAAUGUGUGUGCCUGAUGGUGAUCCCCCUGUGUGUAAUGUGGGCUCUCCUAGUCCUCCCAUACAAUGUGAAUGGGUCGUAAACUGUUCGGCAGGAUAUCAUUGUGAACCGAAGACAUUUACAGAACCAGGAGAUUGUGAAAAGACAGAAGGAUGUGUGUGUCCCCUGGCUGGAACACCUCCACCUAUAUGUGUGCCUGAUGACCCAGUGCCAUGUAAAAUGCUGCUAGUACCUCCAAUUCUCUGUGAAACGCUUGUACAGUGUGACGAGGGCUUUCACUGUGAACCGGCGAACGUUUCCCAGCCAGACCAAUGUGCCCAAGUUCCUGGGUGUGUAUGUCCAGCUAUACAUCCUCCGUUCAUGCCAAAAUGUGUGCCCGAUGUUUUGGAGACGUCUCCAAUGGUGUGUGACGUAGAGGCUCCACCUCCACCGGUACCUUGUAACACGCUCCUAAACUGCUCCACGGGGUUCCACUGUGAGCCGGCAAUGUAUCAAGAGGCGGGAAGAUGUAAUUGGAACCCUGACUGUUUAUGUCCUUUGACAGGUAUCCCUCCACCAAUGUGUGUGCCUGAUGGUGAUACCCCUGUGUGUAAUGUGGGCCCUCCUAGUCCUCCCAUACAAUGUGAAUGGGUCGUAAACUGUUCGGCAGGAUAUCACUGUGAACCGAAGACUUUUGUAGAACCAGGAGAUUGUGAAAAGACAGAAGGAUGUGUGUGUCCCCUGGCUGGAAUACCUCCACCUAUAUGUGUGCCUGAUGACCCAGUGCCAUGUGAAAUGCUGCCAGUGCCUCCAGUUCUGUGCGAAACGCUUGUACAGUGUGACGAGGGCUUUCACUGUGAACCGGCGAACGUUUCCCAGCCAGACCAAUGUGCCCAAGCUCCUGGGUGUGUAUGUCCAGCUAUACAUCCUCCGUUCAUGCCAAAAUGUGUCCCCAAUGUUAUGGAGACGUCUCCGAUGGUGUGUGACGUAGAGGCGCCACCUCCACCGGUACCUUGUAAUACGCUCCUAAACUGUUCCGAUGGCUUGCACUGUGAGCCAGAAAUGUAUCAAGAGGCGGGAAGAUGUAAUUGGAAUCCUGGCUGUGUCUGUCCUUUGACAGGUAUCCCUCCACCAAUGUGUGUGCCGGAUGGUGAUACCCCUGUCUGUAAUGUGGGCCCUCCUAGUCCUCCCAUACAAUGUGAAUGGGUCGUAAACUGCUCCGCUGGAUAUCACUGUGAACCGAAGACUUUUAUAGAACCAGGAGAUUGUGAAAAGACAGAAGGAUGUGUGUGUCCCCUGGCUGGAAUACCUCCACCUAUAUGUGUGCCUGAUGACCCAGUGCCAUGUAAAAUGCUGCCAGUACCUCCAGUUCUCUGUGAAACGCUUGUACAGUGUGACGAGGGCUUUCACUGUGAACCGGCGAACGUUUCCCAGCCAGACCAAUGUGCCCAAGCCCCUGGGUGUGUAUGUCCAGCUAUACAUCCUCCGUUCAUGCCAAAAUGUGUGCCCGAUGUUUUGGAGACGUCUCCGAUGGUGUGUGACGUAGAGGCGCCACCUCCACCGGUACCUUGUAACACGCUCCUAAACUGUUCCGAUGGCUUGCACUGUGAGCCAGAAAUGUAUCAAGAGGCGGGAAGAUGUAAUUGGAACCCUGGCUGUGUCUGUCCUUUGACAGGUAUCCCUCCACCGAUGUGUGUGCCGGAUGUUACUCCGCCUGUAGCAUGCAAGAUUAGUCAGCCGAGUGAGCCGAAACGUUGUCAAGAAGUUGUGAACUGCAGCACCGGUUUCCACUGUGAGCCAGAAUUUUACAUAGAGCCAAUAUACUGCAUAAGAUCGCCCCCAGAUUGUUUGUGUCCAACAAUCGUCACCAUCAUCUCGCCUAUCCCGGUCUGUGUGGAAGAUGUGACACCUACAGUAGGCGUGACUCCGCCAGUGUAUUGUGAAGUUGGGCCUCGGAGUGAGCCUAUUCAAUGUGCCGAGCUGUUGAACUGUUCCUCUGGCUACCACUGUGAACCUGAGACUUACCAAGCUCCAGGAAGAUGUGAGAAGUCGUCUCCUGACUGUAUAUGUCCACCCAUAGACCCCACCCCGGGACCACGGUGUGUUAAAGACGCUCAGUCCGUAAGUGGAGAAGUCCCACCUACAGUAGGCGUGACUCCGCCAGUGUAUUGUGAAGUUGGUCCUCCGAGUGAUCCUAUCCAGUGUAACGAGCUGUUGAACUGUUCCUCUGGCUACCACUGUGAACCUGAGACUUACCAAGCUCCAGGAAGAUGUGAGAAGUCGUCUCCUGACUGUAUAUGUCCACCCAUAGACCCCACCCCGGGACCACGGUGUGUUAAAGACGCUCAGUCCGUAAGUGGAGAAGUCCCACCUACAGUAGGCGUGACUUCGCCAGUGUAUUGUGAAGUUGGUCCUCUGAGUGAUCCUAUCCAGUGUGACGAGCUGUUGAACUGUUCCUCUGGCUACCACUGUGAACCUGAGACUUACCAAGCUCCAGGAAGAUGUGAGAAGUCGUCUCCUGACUGUAUAUGUCCACCCAUAGAUCCCACCCCGGGACCCCGGUGUGUUAAAGACGCUCAGUCCACACGUGGGGAAGUCCCACCUACAGUAGGCGUGACUCCGCCAGUGUAUUGUGAAGUUGGUCCUCCGAGUGAUCCUAUCCAGUGUGACGAGCUGUUGAACUGUUCCUCUGGCUACCACUGUGAACCUGAGACUUACCAAGCUCCAGGAAGAUGUGAGAAGUCGUCUCCUGACUGUAUAUGUCCACCCAUAGAUCCCACCCCUGGACCCCGGUGUGUUAAAGACGCUCAGCCCGUACGUGAAGUCCCACCUACAGUAGGCGUGACUCCGCCAGUGUAUUGUGAAGUUGGUCCUCCGAGUGAUCCUAUCCAGUGUGACGAGUUGUUGAACUGUUCCUCUGGCUACCACUGUGAACCCAAGACUUACCAAGCUCCAGGAAGAUGUGAGAUGUCGUCUCCUGACUGUAUAUGUCCACCUAUAGACCCCACCCCGGGACCACGGUGCGUACAAGACACCCCGCCUAUACGACUGCCGGGGUGCCCGGUUGGGCCAAGUGAACCUCCGAUAAGCUGUAGAAACGUAACUCAAUGCCCAAGCGGUUUCCACUGCGAGCCAGAAUUCAUAACCAAACCUAGACAGUGCAUAAAGUCACCAAGCUGCAGAUGCCGUCCCAGCCCCCCAGGACCUGUGGCAAGGUGUGUCAAAGAUGUGACGACACCGUUAGAUGUGACGUCACCAACGUCACCAGCAGCUGUUACGUCACCACCCUUAUGUCAAGUUGGGCCACCUAGUGCCCCUAUCAGCUGCGGCAGUGUACUCAACUGCUCCAUCGGUUAUCACUGUGAACCACGAGCAUUUCAAAGACCUGGCAGAUGUUUGAAAUCCACCCCGGAUUGUGUCUGUCCCGAGCCUGUGCCUGAACCGACACCGAGGUGUGUGAAAGACGUGCGUUUGCCCGCGCGCCUACCAGGUUGCCCAGUUGGACCGCGUGGGCCUAAUAGACGUUGCGAGAACGUCAUCCAGUGCUCUCCUGGAUUUCACUGUGAGCCAAAUUAUGUCCCCACGCCAGGCAGAUGUGUGAAAUCUCCUAAUUGCAUCUGCCGCCCACAACCAUCAGGACCAAGUCCACGAUGCGUGAAAGACGUGACAUCAUCAGUGACGUCAACAACGACGACGUCAUCUCCGCCACUCCCAACUUGUCUGAGAGGGCCAGCUGGGCCACGGAGGAGAUGCCAAGACAUAAUUCAAUGUGGCAUUGGUUUUCAUUGUGAACCCGAAUAUGUCCCUUCAGCGCCUAGAUGCAUACGGAACCCUCGUUGUGUAUGUCCCGUUCAGCCGCCUGGACCAAGGCCAAAGUGUGUGAGAGACAUGACGUCACGUAUGACGUCACCAACAUCAACGUCAGCACCUGCACCACUGCCUAGCUGUCGCAUUGGACCUCCUGGUCCACGUCAAAGAUGCGAAAACGUUAUCCAGUGUUCCACAGGGUACCAUUGUGAACCAGAGUAUGUCAGUACUCCAGGGAAAUGUGUUCAAUUACCCGGAUGUGUGUGCAGGAACGAGGGACCCGUGGGACCAAUAGGGUCGCCCCGUUGUGUGGAGGACACGCCAAUUUGUCCGACGUUACCCGGCGAAGUCAUGUCAUGUGAAUCGCUAAUCACAUGUCCUACGGGUAAACACUGUGAACCAGCAAACUUCACUCUGCCGUCUCGCUGUGUUAGAGACACCGAUUGCGUCUGUCCGGAGCCAGCACAUAGUGAGAAGCUUAGUUGCGCACCAGAUCCGCCAUGUGAGAUGACUUCCGCAGGGCCCCUCAUUGCGUGCGAAAAGGUUAUAGCGUGUCCGUUCUGGUGUAGCUGUGACCCGGCCAUGGUGCCCUCACCCCCGACCUGUGUGAAGAAGCCAGGUUGUACUUGUCCUCCGGCCGACGACCAGCGCAUGCGCAACACCGGCGUCAAAUGUGUACCUGAUAUUUUCAACUGGUUUGGACACUUUGGGAGUUUAAGAGGUUCUUAUAAUCGUAGAGGCUAGACCAGUUCGACCAGUUCUCAGGGUGUUUGUGCUAAAAUAUGACUAUGUUUUCUUUCUUUCUUUGUUGACUUCCCACUUUCGGUUAGGAGACAAACAAACGAGCAAGAAAUAAAUUUAUACAAUUUACAAAGUACACAAAAGCAACGGACAGGACUUCCGUAAAGCGCCCGAAAGACAACCAAAAGAAAAACAAUAAAUAGUGCAUGUGUUUUUAAGUUACAGUGUAGGUUAACCUGUAUUUGAAAAAAAAAUGUUAUAAUGUGACAUAAAUGUUAUUAUAAGUAA